CAAUCGCAAACCUAAAACGAAAUUUUCCAGACCUGAUGAGCUUCAUCAUGCUCGAUUCAUAUCAAUGGAAAUCAUAGAGUUUAACAUAACUGGUUCUUUCCUUUCAAAAGUUGAAAUAUCUUCUUUGGAUUCAUUUUCUCUGCUUCAUUGAAAUUUCCAGAUAUUGCUGUUCGUGACACACAAUUCAACUGAUUUGAAUGGCUUCGAUAGUUGAUGCAUUAUGGAAGUUAAUUGUGAUAGACUUGGGCAAGCAUUGCUUGUUGAGACUGCGGGUAUUUUCUGUUUGUUCGGCAUCGCACGAGACUGCUACACAUGCAACACAAAAAUUGAUGUCCAUUCUUGACCGGUAUUACAGAUGAGUCUUGUGACCGAUUCUCCAGUACACUCGUCUAGUAGCAGCGAUGAUUUUGCGGCCUUUCUUGAUUCGACGCUUGAUUCUAAAUCUUCAGAUUCAUCACCAGAUGAAAACGCAGUGACUGAUGGGCAUUCUGAUUCUUCAGACUCAUCAUCUGACGAAGAGGCUGAAGAUGACUGCAAUCUCAUAAGCAAGAGGCCCAGGGUGGAGAAAUUGGAGAGCAUAGAAGAAACCCAGGGGUCAACUUCUAAUGGGUUUGUGGAACAGCAGUUACGAGAAACCGAAGGGUCAACUUCUAAUGGGUUCUUGGAACUGCCGUUAGGAGAAACCCAGGAGUCAACUUCUGAUGUGUUUGUGGAACAGCCCUUAGAAGCAUCCUGGAAGAAGGAUAUGUGUAAACAUCCGGGAUCAUUUGGUGAAAUGUGCAUACUUUGUGGACAAAUGUUGGACACUGAAUCUGGUGUGACUUUACGGUAUAUCCAUAAGGAAUUAAGACUUUGUAAUGAUGAAAUUGUUCGGCUACGCGCUACAGACAUGAAGAAUUUGCUGCGUCGUAAGAAGCUCUAUUUGGUUCUUGAUCUUGAUCACACUCUGCUUAAUUCCACUCAACUUAUACACUUGACAGUGGAGGAGGAAUACCUGAAAGAACAAACAGAUUCUUUGCAAGAUGUGUCGGAAGGCAGCCUUUUUAAGUUGCAGUUUAUGCAUAUGAUGACGAAAUUAAGGCCCUUUGUUCGUACAUUUCUGAAAGAAGCAAGUGAAAUGUUCGAGAUGUACAUAUACACGAUGGGGGAUAGAUCUUAUGCAUUGGAAAUGGCGAAGCUGCUUGAUCCCAGAAAAGAGUACUUCGAUUCUAGAAUUAUUUCUCGAGAUGAUGGUACAGAGAAACAUCAGAAGGGUCUUGAUGUGGUUCUAGGACAAGAUAGUGCUGUUUUGAUCCUUGAUGAUACGGAAAAUGCAUGGACAAAGCACAAAGACAAUCUGAUACUGAUGGAGAGAUAUCAUUUCUUUGCUUCAAGUUGCCGCCAAUUUGGCUUCAAUUGUAAAUCUCUUUCUGAGCUGAAGAGUGACGAAAGCGAGUUUGAUGGAGCACUCUCAUCUGUUCUCAAAGUUCUCAGGCGAAUUCACUCUUUGUUUUUUGAUGAACUGGGUGAUAAUGUUGAUGGCAGAGAUGCGAGGCAGGUGCUAAAAACAGUACGCAAGGAAGUUCUCAAGAAUUGUAAACUUGUCUUCAGCCGUGUUUUUCCUACCAAGUUCCAGGCGGAAAAGCACCACUUCUGGAAGAUGGCCGAGCAAUUGGGAGCCUCUUGCUCAACAGAACUUGAUCAAACAGUCACUCAUGUGGUCUCGACAGAUGCAGGAACUGAGAAGUCCCGUUGGGCAGUGAAAGAGCAGAAAUUUUUGGUCCAUCCAACGUGGAUAGAGGCAACCAACUAUAUGUGGCAGAGGCAACCUGAGGAGAACUUCACCCUUGACCAAAUAAAGAACCAGUAGAGAAUCUUUACACAGAUGCACACCCUCCUAGUUGUGUAUUGUAGGACGGACUUCCCUUUCAGUAGAAUAGACCAAGCCACUAUUUUGAUAAGAUUCCAAAAUCACACGGACCUAUUAUUUACCAUGAACUAUUGGUAACAUGUUUGUCACUGGAUAUCAGUCGAAUCUGUUGAUACUUGAUACUUUCAUUCCAGUUCCUGGACGUUGCAGAGGCACUCUCUCAUUUCACGAGGUUAAUUUUUUGGUCAUCCGUAUGGGACUAAUCGUAAGAUGACAUGCCUAGUUCUGCUGCAGAGCGCACAAUUCCUAGUGUUGGACUGGAUGCUAUUGUUGUCCGCAUUUACCUGUCGCAAUGAUUCUCAUUUUUGUUUCAUGAGGAGGCCUGUGGAACUUCUUGAUGUUUAUAGCUGACUGACUUGUAGAAGGAAUUCAAAGCCGGAGCUUUUUCUUUGUGCGCACUAGCUUUUCUUGAAAUGUAAAUAUGGUUUUUUCCAUAGCAAUUGACAAUUGUUCUGAAUCAUCAUCCAGCCUCAUGAAACUUCUUGAAGAGUUUUAGUUCCUCUAAAAUAGCCUAUGGUUUCUAAGUUGCUAGAGU